AUGGAACUGCUCUCGAGCGAAAUCGAUAAUCGGCCAUUAAACUUUAAGCAGCACACCCGCACCAGGGAGCUAAGUCAAGACAUCGGUUACGUGCUGUACUCGGCACUCGGAUCGUUCUACAUUCCGAGCUGCAUCAUGGUGUUCGUCUACAUCCGGAUCUAUUUUGCGGCGAAGGCCCGUGCGCGGCGCGGUAUCCGUAAGAAACCGCUAAAACCACCGAGCGAACAGGAUACGAGCUUCACGCGAAAUGCCGGUACCGUGCCGAUGCCAUCGCUACCCAGUGCCUCUAGCAAUAACAAUCAGUCGACGGCGCAACACCCGCUGCAACUGUCCACCGGUACGGGCGGUACGCAGCCCGUCGGCAACACUAUCAGCGGGUCGACGCAAAUCGCGACGAUAGAGCCGCCCCCGCGCGGUACCAGCUCGUCGGCCGGUACGCCGAUGCCCAUCCCGGUCGUGACGUGCGACUUCGCCUCGGACAUGUCGACGAGCGAGGCGGCGACGGCCGAACAGGACAAUCACGGGCCAAUCUCGCCGGUCGGGACGGGUGGGCUUGAGCCGAAGGAUACGCUUAAGGUGGCGCAACCGAUGCAGCAGGGCCGGAGCAGUAGUACGAACGGUAUUACGUCGGCCGGCAGUACCGAACCGUCACCAUCGCCGUCCGCCACCGCCCGGAACCGGGCGCUCUCGGUCGGGAUCGAUACGGACAUGGUGAGCGAGUUCGACCCGUCCAGCUCGGACUCGGGCGUGAUCAGCCGGUGUGCGGUGGUGAAACCGCUCAAGUUUCGCCUCUGCCAGCCAAUCUUCGGCAAGGGUAAGGCAAAAUCGCGCCAAACCAAUGCGAAAACCGGCCAUGGUGGGUCGGGCGGUGGUGGGCGUGGUGGUGGCAACUGUACACAACCGAUGCUGGGUGGUGCGAGCGGCAGUGGCGGCCAGCAGGCCAUCUCGCAGCUGAUCGCUGCCAAGCAGACGGACAGUGCGUGCAGCGAGCUGGAACCGGCGCUACCACCGAAACCGAAACCGCGCGACCCGGAGAAGGAAAAGCGACGCAUCGCGCGUAAGAAGGAAAAGCGGGCCACGCUCAUCUUGGGUCUGAUCAUGGGCAGCUUCAUCGCGUGCUGGUUGCCGUUCUUCUUCCUGUACAUACUCGUGCCGGUCUGCCCGGAUUGCCACAUCCCGGAGAGUGCGUUCUCGCUCGCGUUCUGGCUCGGCUACAUGAACUCAGCGCUCAAUCCGGCCAUCUACACCAUCUUCAACAAGGACUUUCGGCGCGCGUUCCGGCGCAUCCUGUUCAAGUGAUGUUUAGCGUACGUGUGCUGCUAUCGCUGCGUCUCCCGUAGCAUCGAGAAGGCUACGGAGCGGGCCAUUGGCGGCGCACAGCUCGG